UCAUUGAGCGAGGAACUCGAAACUGCGGUAUAGGUGCUCAGGGAGAGAUGUGAGGUAGGAGAGAAGCAGAUGUGAAGUAGUGCCACUUAGCUGCGCCAUGGCAAAUGAGGAUGAAAACUCAAACGAAAGUAGUUUAGAUUGCCUGCAAGGAGAGGAUAGCGAGCAGGCGCUGGAUAUGACCUCCAUAGGGGUCAUCACAACCACCUUGGACUUGCCUUCCAGCCUUAGUAGCAACAUCAGUGAAGAGGAGUUGCUUGAAAACUUGGAAAAUCGUAAAGUAUUAUCAAGUUUGCCCUCCCCAUCAACACAACCUUCCCUGCAGGCAGAUAUUCUAGCUGGGAAAAUACACAGUGCAAUGAAUGCAAGCAUCUGCCUUUCUGGGGAUAACAUCAGUCAGCAGAGUCUAUUAUCCUCGGAUAUGAACUCCACCACUGAUAACCAGCAGACUAGUUUGGCAUCUUCUGAUGUCCAUCCACCCUCCAGUAACACAAAUGAGCCAAGCAUGUGCUCAAUCAUUGGUCUGACAGGGAAAGUCCCUAGAAAGUCAACGCCAAGAAAGAUUCAACCCAAACCCAGUCCAUUUAAUACCAUUGAAACUGUGUCUCCACUGCAACAGGCUGUAAAUUCUAGCAGUCGGUUAAAUAGAAGCAUCUCAAUGGGAAAUGAGCUUGAAAAGACUGUAUAUGUGGUAACAGUAGAUAAUUUAGACAUUCUGAAUAGCUUACAAGAGAGUGGACUACACGUGGAACUGGCUACCAGUAAGGCAGCAGGUUCUCCUCCUCACCAGGCAGUUGUCAUAGAGAACCACUUCAAUGAUACAGAACUCCUGGGCUCCGUUGCUGCGGAGACAGAGGUUACGACAACUUUCCAAGGUCUGGCUGAUCUCCAGAGGGCGUCGGUGUCACAGGGGGGAUGCAGCGGUGGGCUGGCAACUUUAGAUGCAAUUGGUACUAUUAUAGAUGUGCAGUCUGGGGGCAGUCAGCUGUGGGAGACGACAGAUGUUGUCAAAAUGCCAGGAGUUGAAGACUCCAGUGAUAAUGACUUGAACACCUCACAGGAAUCGUUUGUGGCCUUGGUGCCCCUGGGUGACGGCAGUCUGCCCCUCACCCCCCGGGAACAAGAGUUAGCCCUGAGGAGUUUCAACAAGAGAAUGCGGGACAGAGAGAAGAAGAGACUGCUGAGAAAAGAUCCAGAUUACAGGUUGAAGGAAAAAGAAGCAGCAAAACAAAGAAUGAAGCUGCGCAGACUGGAUCCCUUGUACAGAGAACAUGAACGCCAGCGUGAUCGGGCACGGCGGAGAGUGGUGCGAGAAACAAACCCUAACCAGCGUGCAAAAGAAAGAGAACGGGACAGAAUCUACAAACGCCGCCACAGGGUGUUGUCUGUGGACUAUGUUAUGUCUGAGGUUGAAGUUUCAGACUCCGUCAAUGAAUCUUUAUCAGCAUUUUGUAGCGAUAUUGUUGAUCUCCCUUCUACAGCUGAGUCAAAUUCUUAAUAUUGAAUUUCAUGUCUGUGUUAUUGUCACCACUGACUCGAGAUUGGUUGCAGGAUUUUGAGGACUUGUAGACUUUCUCACACUUUGUGUAACACUUGAGUCUUGAUCAGUGGACAGUGGUGGUAUAGCUCUCUAUUUUCAGGCUGUUGCUCCAAUGUGAAAAAGUGAGGCCAUCAGUAGGAAUAACAUAGACAAUGGAAAAACAGAGAACAAACUAUAAAAACUUUUAAUUAAUGUCAAAAGUAAACUGUUUGGAAUGUUCCAUUGUUGCAGAACAAUUUCUUUAAAGGGAAAGGUGCUUUUAUUAGUUUAUUAUGAAUAUUUUGUAGAAGUCAAUACCUAAAUUGAUUUUUUGUUAGCUUGAUGUGCACAAUCCACAUAUUGUAUAACUUGUUGUAAGACGAGUUCUGAGGGAUGGAGAAGAGCUGGAGAUGGUAGUUCUCUUAUUCUCACCAUGAGCAGCAGCUGGCAAAUAUGCUGAAUGAUACAGAUCUCAUGUUUCCAAGUCAAGUCCUCAAAUUGGUUUAUCCACUUGUGAAUUAAAUAGAUUGCAUUUUCUGUAUGAUAUUAUUACACUAAAGAGUCUGCCAUGGAGUUGUAGAAGCAACUGUGGAGUAGUUAUACCUACAUUGAAUAAUAAUUCUUUCAUUCAUUAACUUACAGUGAUCUUGUGGAAUAGGUUAGUUGUUGUCACUGGUAAUGUUCCACUCAAGCAGCUCUCUACAAUGUGGUGUCCAGUUCUCCAGCACAGACCAAUGUCAGCUGUAAAUUGUGGUGUCCAGUUCUCCUGCACUGACCAAUGUCAGUUGUACAAUGUGGUGUCAAGUUCUCCAUAAGUUUGCUUAACUAAGCCGACAUUUUACCAUCUUUACCAUCAUAAUGUGCUGUGGUGUAUUACUCUUUAUGUCAGCAAAUCCAACAAAGAAUUCAAUUGGAAUUAUUUCUCUCCAAAGUUACAAUAGUUUUUUCAAACACAGCUGUUACCGCUCUGUAGUGCCACAGUGCUGCUAGUCUCAGUCCGUGGUGAAAACGUCUUGCCAGAUAAUGAAAUGUUCGACUGGUAAUAACUCCCAAGUUUAUCUAUUCCGUUUGUUUAUUGAAAUUAUUAAUACUCCAUGUUUGUAAUCAAUUGCUACAGGCUGCACGAUUGGUCAGAAAGACUGCUAUGUUAUGACACAAACCAGUGUCCAGAGACUGACCUGAACCCUGGCAGGACCUAGAGUAUUCAUAGCUCGCGUUCAUCAGUUCAUUACUGAUUAAAACUUUCCAUACAUAUCAUGUGUAAAUUAUACUUAAUGGUUUGCAAUGAGACAAAAUUAAAAUUGUGAUAUUUCAUAUUGAAAUAAAUGUUUUAAACAUGACAUGCCUUUAUUUGAAGGAUGAAGACUCCUCCAUUUUCAUAAACAUUAUGAAAUGUGUCAAUCUUGUUCAAGGAUGAAGUUAUGCUCCAUACCGAUUGCUAUUUCACCUCAAAAUUGGAAGGUGUUAAAUAGAUGAUGUAACGUUUUGAGAUGCCUAUGCAUAUACAUUACAAGGAUAAAAAAUAAAUGCAAAUAUUUUAUAUUUUUGAGGAGAU